ACUUCAAAACCCUCUAUAUAGUUCCACCUGACCCCCUCUCCUCUCUCCAAUAUUGCAUCAUUUCUUCAUAAUUAUUGUUCUCUAUCUCUCCUUCUUUUUUCUCUCAAAUUUGAGCUUAAUAUUUGUUAAAAUAAUUAACUUUCCUUGUUAUUCCAAUGGAGUCAAUGAAGCAGGACUCAAUGAAAAGAAUUGAUGAAAAUCCAGCAGCAGAUGAAACAGAUGAGGACUUAGUCUUUGACUCAGAAUCUGAUGAUGAUAGUGAUUUUGAUACUGGGAUUAUUAGCGAUUUGGAAGAAGAGCUAGAUAACUGUAUUAUUAAUCAUCAGAAACCUUACAAGGUCAUUACUGAAGCUGCUGUCCGUCACUGUCAAGAACGCGAUAUCAAGAAUAUAUCUGAUAUUCUUUCCAUAACGAAAGAUGAAGCUUCACUCCUUCUACUUCAUUUUGAUUGGAAUGCUAAUGCUGUUCUGGAUGAAUGGUUUACAAACGGGCAGAAGCUUCGUGAAGAACUUGGUCUUACAGAUGUUCCCAUGGAUGUUGCGAUGGAAUCACCAGAUGCAAAAGAUGUGACAUGUGGGAUUUGUUCAGGAAAUUUUUCUCGGCAUCUGGUUGCUGCUGCUUCCUGUGGUCAUAUAUUCUGUAAUACUUGUUGGACAGGAUAUAUUGGGACAUCAAUCAAAGAUGGUCUUGCAUGCUUAAAGUUACGAUGUCCUGAUUCCUCUUGCAACACUGCUGUUGGCCUUGACAUGAUAAAUAUGCUGGCUUCGGAUGAUGACAAAGAGAUAUAUGCACGUUACUUUCGGAGAUCCUAUAUCGGCAAUAUAACAAAGGCCAAAUGGUGUCCUGCUCCUGGAUGUAAUUAUGCUGUGCUUCUUGUUAAUGGUUGUAGAAUCUCCAGGGUGACUUGUAAAUGUUCUUAUUGCUUCUGCUGGAAGUGUACCAAGGAAGCUCAUCAACCAAUUAGCUGUACAGCUCUUAGUCGCUGGGAAGUGGAAAGCCUUGUGCAGGCUCAAAACCGGAGAAUUGCUACCAAAAGCUGCCCAAAUUGUGGGAGAGUUUUGGAGGUGAACAGCAACUGUAAUCGGAUGGAAUGUGAAUCGUGUAAUUUUCACUUUUGCAAUGUCAGUGAUAAAACUUGCAGAUUGUGCCUUGGUUCUUGGUUGAAGGAAGUUUGCGUGGAAGGUAACCAAAUCAACCAAUAUAAACAUAUAUGCUGUGAAAGGAAACUAAAACAAGUAGAGAAAGAUGAGGAACGAAGAAAGAUAGCUCAGGAGAGCGUAAUAAGAUACGAUAGGUGUCAUAACCAGUGGAAGACCCAUGAUAUGCAUCUACAAGCAGCUGUGCAAGAAGCUGAGAAGCUGGAAAAUGGCAUGCUCAUAUCAAUAGCUGACGAACAUGGCCUGAGGGAAACAGAAAUUAGCUUUGUUACAGAGGCGUGGCAGCAGAUUGCAGAUUGCAAGCGAAUCUGUAAAUGGGCAUGUGUUUAUGAGUACUAUCUACCAAACUUUGCAAAGGAGAGGAGGAUUCUUUUCAACUAUUUGCUAAUUCCUCUCUUAGGACGAGCUGAAGUUGUACUCGAACAGCUUUAUCAGUGCACAGCUGAGCCGGCUAUAUUCAAUUUGGCAGAAACAUCAGCUGAUAAGCUCUUACAAACCCGUAAUCAUCUAUGUCUGAAGACAAGUGUGGCUCGAAACUACUUUGAUAACAUGGUUUGGGCUAUGGAGAACGGGCAUUCGAACAUGAACACACUUCGUCGAACCAUAAGCUCCAGGAGUUUUCAGCUAGGACUCGCCACAACAGCUGCUGGAGGCAAUAAUGGAGCAAGAGGGUGUACUGAUGAGACAAAACAUUGGACUUGUCCUCACUGCAAGUUCACAAAUGAUCUACUUGCUUACAUUUGUGUUAUGUGCUAUCACUGAAUUCGUUUCUAUGUUUAAUUGAUAAGCCACACAAACGGGCAAUCAUGCUUUUACUUUUAUGGAAACCGUUAUGGUUUCACACCAUAUUUUCUAUAACAUUUUGGGCAAGUUGUUGCAUAUUGGUUAAUUUACUUUGAUUUAUGUUAAAAAGACAAAAAAAAGCUUGGUGGUUUUC